AUCAAGGCAUGUGUUUGCAUCAAUGGAUCACAUUAUCAUUUUAAAGAAAGCCCGGCACGACUAUACAAAAAUGAAGAAAAACCAGUUAUGAUGUAAGAAUGAUAUUAGUUUAUGAUAUUUCUCGGAUUAUAUUCGUUGAUGAUAAGCAAGACACAAGACAGUGUGCAGUUUUUGGGCCUUACCUUGAAAAAGAAGGUUUUAUUGAAAUUGAGAAAGCAACCAGUGCUUUUUUGUUUGUCGUUGGUGAAGAUGAUUGGGCAAUUAAAAGCGCUGAGUUAGCUGACCAAGCUUGUCAACGUCUGAGAGAUCACAAGAAAGAGAACUGGACAUUAAUCAGCUACCCAGGAGCAGGACAUAUGCUUGAACCGCCGUACACGCCACUAAGUAGUGAAGUUUAUCAAGGCAACAGAAUGGGUGUAGGAUUAUUUGGUGGAAGAACCAAUGAACAUGCCGAGGCACAAGAGGAUGCGUGGCGAAACAUAUUAGCAUUUUUCAAUCAACAUCUGCGUUGUGAUAAUAAACCAGGAACAUGUUACAGUGCUUCAGAUGCAGGACUGAAAAGCAAACUCUGAUGCCUGCCAAGAUAUCAGCAUUGUUAUCGUAUU